CAGUGCUGAGUGCUUUUCUAAAACAAGUGGCGACAGGUUUUCCUCAGCGUUUGCUCACACAUCCAAAUGCCCUCUUUGGCUCUCAAAUCCUCCCAGUGCCGGUGGUGGGCUUCCGCUGCCCUGGCCUGGUUCUCGGUUCAACUCCCGCUCCGCUCCGUUUCCUCUCUCAUUUUCCUCUCAUUUUCCCAAUCCAAACAGUUGCAUACUAACCCACCUCUCAGCAACCACACCAGUUCUCAUCCCACUCUCACUGAUUAUAUUAAUUUCAUUAAUUAUAAUUGCAGCUACGUCUCCAAGAAAAAUUGUAUUGGUUCCUAUAUUAAUACUUUUUUUUCCUCUUCAUUUAAUCCAGUCUCCUUCAAUUCAUCUCUUUCUGCCUUCAAAUCUUCUACAAAAGUCUUUGUAAGAAAUCAUUUCACUCACACUUGUAGUAGAAAUCUAAAAUUCGACAUGGCUCCAAUCGCUCCUUCUGAUCGUGAAAUCUUACCAGCAAAUAUUAAACCAAUUCGUUAUGACUUAACUUUAGAACCAGAUUUCGAAACCUUUAAAUUCAAUGGUAGUCUAAAUCUACACUUGUUCGUAAUUGAACCAUCAAACUCAAUUACUCUCAAUUCUCUCGAGAUCGACAUCCUAUCUGCUACUCUUUCUGAUAACAAAUCAUUCAGUAAUGAAAAACCCUCUUCAAUCGAAUUCAAUGAAAAAUUGCAACAAGUUUCCUUCAAAUUCAACAAAACUUUCAAAAAAGACUCAUCCUUAAUUCUUUCAAUCAAAUUCAUAGGUUUAUUAAAUGAUAAAAUGGCUGGUUUCUACAGAUCUUCCUACAUCAAAGAUGGUAAGACAAAAUAUCUAGCCACCACUCAAAUGGAACCAACUGAUUGUCGUCGUGCUUUCCCAUGUUUUGAUGAACCAGCCUUGAAAUCAAUCUUUGAUAUAACUCUUAUCGCCGACAAAAAUUUAACCUGUUUAUCAAACAUGGAUGUCAAAUCUGAAUCAGUAUUGCCAAAUGACUCCUCGAAGAAAUCCGUCUCUUUCAACUCAACUCCCCUCAUGUCAACCUACUUGGUAGCCUUCAUUGUUGGUGACUUGAAAUAUGUCGAGUGUAAUGAUUAUAAAACUCCUGUAAGAGUCUACGCUACCCCAGGUUUAGAACAUCAAGGUGAAUUCAGUUGCAAACUAGCCGCCAAAACUUUAGACUUCUUUGGUAAAGCAUUUGAUAUCGAAUAUUCUUUACCCCAUAUGAAUAUGGUGGCCAUCCAUGACUUCUCAGCUGGUGCAAUGGAAAACUGGGGUCUAGUCACCUACAGAUCCGUUGAUUUAUUAUUUGAUGAAAAAACCUCUUCAUUAACAAGAAAACAAAGAGUCGCUGAAGUAGUUCAACAUGAAUUGGCUCAUCAAUGGUUUGGUAAUUUGGUUACCAUGGACUGGUGGGAAGGUCUUUGGUUAAAUGAAGGUUUUGCUACUUGGAUGAGUUGGUAUAGCGCUAAUCAAUUUUAUCCUUCAUGGAAUGUCUGGUCUGAAUAUGUUACUGAUAAUUUACAAUCCGCUUUAAUUCAAGAUGGUUUAAGAUCCUCUCAUCCAGUUGAAGUCCCCGUCAAAAGAGCUGACGAAAUCAAUCAAAUCUUUGAUGCUAUAUCUUACUCCAAGGGUUCUUCUCUAUUAAAAAUGAUCUCUCGUUGGUUAGGUGAAGACAUUUUCAUCAAGGGGGUUUCAAAUUACUUGAAAAAACAUAAAUUUAGCAACACUCAAACUUCCGAUUUAUGGGAAGCUCUAUCUGAUGCAUCUGGUAAAAAUGUUGUUGGGGUUAUGGAUGUUUGGACUAAAAAAGUUGGUUUCCCUGUCAUCACGGUAACUGAAGAUGGCAAUAAAAUUCACUUGAAACAAAACCGUUACUUAACCACUGGUGACGUUAAACCAGAAGAAGAUCAAACCAUUUUCCCUGUCUUUGUUGGUCUCAGAACCAAAAAUGGUAUUGAUGAAUCAAUUAUACUAAAUCAAAGAGAAACCACAAUUGAAAUUGAUGAUCCAUCGUUUUUCAAAAUUAACGCUGAUCAUGCUGGUAUUUAUAGAACGGUUUAUACUCCAGAACGUUGGGUAAAAUUAGGUCAAGCUGGUCAAUCCGGUUUACUUCCUGUAGAAGAUCGUGCAGGUUUAAUUGCUGAUGCCGGUGCCUUAGCAACUAGUGGUUACUCAUCAACUACUAAUUUAUUAAAUUUAGUUUCAUCAUGGAAAGAUGAAAAAGAAUAUAUUGUUUGGGGUGAAAUGUUAGGUCAAAUUGGUUCAAUCAAGGCUGCUUGGUUAUUCGAAAGUGAAUCAAUUAAGGAUUCUUUAAAAGCUUUUACUAGAUCCUUGGUCUCAAAAAAAUGUAAAUCUUUAGGUUGGACUUUUACUGACGAUGAACCAUUUUUAGAACAAAGAUUAAAAAGCACAUUAUUUUCUUCAGCAAUCUCUUCUGAAGAUAAAGAUGUUCAAAAUGCCGCUCUUGAAAUGUUUAAUAAAUUUGUUAAGGGUGAUUCAAAUGCCAUCCAUCCAAAUCUUAGACCCUCUGUUUUUAGAGCAGUCGCUGAUUUAGGUGGUGUUGAAGGUUAUGAUCAACUUUUAAAUAUUUAUAAAACUGCAACCUCAUUAGAUGAAAAAAUUACUGCUUUAAGUACACUCGGUUUGUUCAAAGAACCAGAGCUAAUUAAACGUACCUUAGGAUACGCUCUUGAUGGCUCAGUUGUUAAACCUCAAGAUAUUUACAUUCCAUUGAGAGGGUUAAGGGCUCAUAAAGAAGGCACAAUUGCUUUGUUCAAUUGGUUGAAAGAAAAAUGGGAUAAAAUUUAUGCUUUAUUACCACCCGGAUUAUCUAUGCUUGGUUCUGUUGUCGAAAUUUGUUUAUCAUCUUACACCACAGAAACAUCUAAAUCUGAAAUUGAAGAAUUCUUCAAGGAUAAAGAUACCGCUGGAUAUAAUAAAGGCAUUGAAAAAUCAUUGGACAGAAUUCAAUCAGUUCGUUCCUGGAUUAGUCGUGAUGGCAAAGCUAUUGAAGAAUGGCUCAGUGAAAAUGGUUUCAACAAAUAAAGUUUCUAUAAGCUAUGAAAUAUAAUUUUUUUUAUAAAUAGUUUUUUUUGUAUUUCUAAAUAGUAACUAUUAAGCUAAUUUUUACAAAAAGAUUUCUACUUGAAAAUAUUUAAUCACAUUGAUAAUAUAUAUCAAUGAACAUGAUUGCUAUGAAUGAAUACUUUUAC